AGCCGAGUCAAGUCGAAACAAGCUCCUAUUGGUGUCCACACGUUUUGCGGGAACGGUGGUUUUGGGUGCUUUGAUAAUUUUCGUGUCUGGCCCCUUCGACGUACUAUUUCAGUAUGGCUAUGCUAUUGUAACUCAUCAAAAACACCUUUUCCUUUCCCGUUUGUCAUAACACCGGUACAGCCACCAUGAACAGAACCGGAGUGUCGAACCUACUACAGCUCACAAGUCGGGCUUUAAGGACCCCUGUCACCACCUCAAGGUCCAUCAUGAAGUACCACGAACCAGAAUAUCUCAAGUAUUUGCAACCGCCUCUGCCAGUGUACGAUGGAUUUAUUAACGUCCAGUUGAAAGGUUAUGAUUUCACCGUGCUCGAGAACAGUGCAAGAAAAGUGGCUAAAAUAGCCUCGAUGUUGGGCAUUCGGGUUUCUGAAUGCUGGGCUACCCCUCUUGAAUCCAUGGCCAUAUCUACGUACAAACCGCAGAGCACUACUGUUGAAGACACAUUCAAGCUGAACGUUUACGAGCGAAACAUUCAGUUGGCUGAACUGUCAGGAGUCAUGGCACCUAUCUUUCUGGAGGCUGUCCAGCUCAGCCUGGCUGAGGGAGUCCGGCUCAGUGUUCACCGGCACCUACCCGAGCACGAGGAGAUUCGCUACGUGCCCGACUUGGAGCUGGAGGAGCUACAGAGGCAGCUUGAAGAAAUUGUCAACCCACCUACGUCAAAGCACGUCAAGAAGCCGUUCUGAUGCAUUUUGUAUAGCUUUAUGUGUAAAUGAAUUGUAGAAGCCGUCAGAAUGUC